AUGGAAGCCGAUGAACCUACAGAACUCUACCAACCAAACCUGUUUCUUUCCCCUAAUCUUCAUUAUCCACACCAUAACAUUACCCGACCGACACUCCACACAAUCCACGAUUCUACAACGACUUGGCCAUGGGGCGACAAAUACCAGAAGCAUUUAAUAACCUUUCAAUUCCUGGCCAACUUUACCAGCACCACUGGCUUGGUCAACUCUUUUGAUUGCUGCUCAGUUGAAGAGAGGUUAGAGCUCCUCAAGAGCUAUGACAAGCCGAACUCGCAAAUUCAUGGCGUUGUCAGAGAAGCCUCGCCCCCAGCCAAGCCGAGACGUACAAACCAACCUCCCCCAACGAAUCCAUUGGCCUUCCAGAGAAAUCACAUCUGGGGCUAUGUUCUGGAUCAGCCAACACCGCCUGCAAGCGAAGAGCCCAUGCUUCCAAUGGCCGAUAUUCAAGUUCAGUACACUCAGAAUUGGAUGAUGCUCAAACCUCCAACGAAAUCGCCGGCUGAGAACAUCAACAAGCCGGGAUCUUCGGGGCGUUCGACACGUGCGGGGGGGAAGAUCGACUCGGAACAAGCAGCCUUCGAGCUUCAGCUUUUGACUUCUACUGGCCUUCGGAUCGUUUCAAGAAUCAAAGAGGUCGUAAUGGUGAAGCCAAGGAACAGUAUUGUCAACUUGAACUGGGCAUCCCACGUGGAAGAUGCCUGUUUGGAGUUUUUCUCCCCGACAAACAUCUCCAGGUUUCUCAACUUAUUCUGGGCGGGAUGGUAUCCCAACUGGCCGGUCAUACACAAACCCACGUUUGCUCUACCGACUACGAUGGACAUACUAAUCGCCGCGAUGGUGGUCAUCGGUGCCUGCUUGUCUCCUGAUCAAUCUGAGGUGGAUCAUGCCAGAGUAUGGUUCAAUGCGAUUGAGGAAAUAGUCUUCACUGAUGCAGCGUUCUACACCAACAUAUCGGGCGACGAGCCGAAAAAUCGCGAUCCCUCUGGGCCUAGAGACAGGAAGAUGACGCAAGUGCUGCAAGCAGCUUACGCAGUAUGCCUCUAUCAGAAUUGGGAAGGCAACGACCUAGCCAAGAAGCGCAUCCGAAGAUACCGUUAUAGCAUAGUGGUUGCGUUGGCAAGAGAUAUGGACAUUGCGUCCUCUAAGCAUCCCUACCUGGACUUCUCGGACCCCGAAGGUUUCGACUGGCAUAGUUUUAUAUCGCGGGAGGAGCGCAUCCGAACGCUCAUCUACGUGUUUUUGCUGGACUCUGGCUUCGUGAUGUUCAACAACCUGCCACCUCGGAUGGCAGCCGCGGAGAUGAAACUGAACUUGGCCUGCCCUGAGGGGUGCUUCCAAGCCGACAGUGCCCGGGACUGCUUUCUCCGACUGAGGCAGUGGUAUUCCUCAGCCAAUACUACUGCAACCAUGUCGCUGAGCGCAGCACUCGAGACACUAUGCCAGAAGGAGCUCGAUGACAGGGUUUGCAUGCGGUUUUCAACGGUUGGCAUUUUGAACAUGUUCACGAUGGCAUCAGCCCUCCAUUCGCUGUUGUUUCAACAGACUCAGACAUCAUUUGGCUAUGAACCACAGCUCACGCCGAUCCGGAAUGCGUUAUCAAACUGGAUACGCAUCUGGCACAUGAUGUCGCCGACAGCUUUGGCGUUAAGUGGAAAUUCUUCUUCUGUUUACGACCUCUGGAAAAGAACCGGAUUCAUGAGACACGCCGCAGAGUUCCACCUGCUCGCAAAAAUAAUCGUGAAGCACGUCGAGAUGUGUCAGCGUGACCGCACGACCGCACAGAGUAAUUCCUUCAUGCUUACUUCUGCGGCACAGCCUUUUGGUUUCGAGAAGUAUGAUGAGACUAGUAUGCAGCAGGUUAAUGAUCUUAUCGUCUCCUUCAAUAGCUUCAACAUAUAG